AUGCCUCAGCAAGCUGCCGCCAAAGCACGGUCCGCGAACGCAUACGUCUCGGAAUUGAGAGCCACCUUGACCCGAUAUGAGGACCAAAUAAAGGAACGUGCUCCCGGCCCGCUCUUCGAGCAACGGUUGCGGAGUCUCUUCCACGAGAACAAUGGCAAAGACCCAGACUCUCCGGAGAAGGAUGCUCCGGAACACCUGGAGAACGAGGAUCCGCGUGACCUGCCAUUUACCCCUGAAUGGACUUCAACAAAUGAGUUGAUCAAGGGCAUCCCUCACCAGGCCUUCCCCAAAGAGGCCGAGUCUAAUCGUCUUCUGAACCUCUUCAACUCCUACAUGGGUGUCACACAGCACUUCUUAGACCAGCGGACAUUCACAGACAACAUGACGCUGCUUUUCAACAGCCAAGCAUCUCGAGCUCGGCAGAUGGACACGCCCUGGUUCACAUUGUACCUUCUCGUCAUGGCCAUGGGCAAACUGAUGGAGGAGGAUCCGCGCGAGGUUCGCGGACCCCCGGGAGCGUUCUGGUUUGCUGAGGCCAUGAGGCGGCUCCCGCCACUUCACAGCAUCAGCGAGUAUGGCAUAGUUGGGCUUGAGAUUCUAUGUCUGGCGACGACAUAUCUGCAGUGGAACGACCGGAAAAAUGAUGCAUACUUUUUCGUGGGAACAACAGUCAGACUUGCCCUGACUCUGGGUUGCAACUUGCCAUUUUCAGAGCAAAAGUGCCUACCAUCAGAGAGAGCACACAGAAUGCGGGUGUGGUGGACUGUCUACAUGCUGGAUCAGCGCAUAUCGGCAGGCCUCGGGCGUCCAGCUUCCGUUGAUGAUAGGCACCUUUCGUUCGAUCUCCCUGGCCCCUCUCCAGGGUUUGAUUCUCCAGAGCCUCUCAAUGUCAACGUCAAGAUUGCCCGGACAACGGGAGAGAUCAUGUCAUCAUUAUAUAGUCGAGGCGCACUAUCGCAAGCCGAUCUCGUCAGGAAGAUGAGAAACUUGCUCCAAUCACUACACGACAUUGGCGGAUCUAUCCCGGCAGAUCUUGCCAUUGACUUCAGCAACAAACAGUUUGAGGUCACCAGAGCUGGUGCAUCACUAUAUCUGAGGUUAUUCCAGUCCAUCAUUCUCUGCAUCAGACCAAUUCUUCUCCAAAAGGUCAAAGACAAGGUUCAGAAAACACAGAAGCAGGCUGUGACCUCGGCAAUCUCUCAACUGUGCCUUCUGUGCAACGAGUCGGCUCUGAGAAUUAUCCGCAUCCUCAUGGCUAUGCAAAGGCAAGAAGAAAUUGCGCCAUUUGCAUUCUUCGAUCUGGAUGCUGCCUUUUCAGCCGCCUUCGUCCUAAUCAUGCGCGGCUUCGCACACAAGCAGGAUAGUCAAAAGCCGCCACCGCAAGAACUGUUCCAGGCCAUUGAUUUCUUGGAGUAUCUGUCUUCUGCAGGAAAUCAGGCGGCAGCGCAGCGCCUCAAGGAUGUUCGGCAGUUUUCUGCACACGUGUGGGCCAAUGUGGUAGCGUUCGAUAAGGACCAUGACGUGCAGAUGGGAGAUUCCGGGGCGUCCCAUGGGGUACCCCAGGUGGGGAACACACCCGGAGCCGGACUACCGGAGCAAUCGGGACCUUCACCAGCCCAGAUGCCCUUGACUACGCCGACGCCCAGUUCCUCUGUGCCGUCUUGGGAGGGAGAAAUGUUUGGAGGACCUGCUGACACCUAUGGAUCAGACACGUUGUUCGGUCUGAACUUGGAUGAGAAUCUGGAACAAGCCUUUGGGCUGGAAGCGGCGGAGGGUAUCUAUAAUAGUUUCAACGACCCUACUCUCCCCUUAACGGGAGUUGACCAGCUGGAUUGGGCUGAGCUGGAAAAAAUGAUGGCACCGGGAGGUGUCUCCAUCCUUGGCGCCGGCAACGAAGCUUCUCGCCGGAUCCUCACCAAGGAAGCCGUCAACUUUCUCGCAAUCCUGCACCGCAGUUUCGAGCCGACUCGCCAACACCUUCUCAAGCUCCGCCAACAACGUCAAAUCGACACAGAUAACGGACACCUGCCAGAUUUCCUCCCUGAGACUAAGCACGUUCGCGAUGAUAAGAACUGGAGAGGCGCCCAGCCAGCGCCUGGUUUGGUAGAUCGCAGAGUUGAAAUUACCGGACCCACGGACAGGAAAAUGGUUGUCAACGCGCUCAACUCUGAUGUUUGGGCCUACAUGGCUGAUUUUGAAGACUCAAACGGUCCUACAUGGGACAACAUGAUUCAGGGCCAGGCCAAUCUCUACGACGCCAUCCGCCGGCAAGUUGACUUCAAGCUCGGCGAAAAAGAGUACAAGCUCAGAACUGAUCGCACACUUCCGACUUUGAUCGCCCGCACGCGCGGAUGGCACCUGGACGAGAAACAUUUCACCGUCGACGGGCAGCCCAUGUCCGGCGCCCUGUUUGAUUUUGGACUGUACUUUUUCCAUAACGCCAAAGAGUUGAUUUCCCGCGGCGCCGGCCCCUAUUUCUACCUGCCCAAGAUGGAGUCGCAUCUCGAGGCGAGGUUAUGGAACGACGUGUUCAACAUGUCGCAGGACUACAUCGGUAUCUCACGAGGUACCAUCCGCGCUACCGUGUUGAUCGAGACCAUCAGCGCUGUUUUCGAAAUGGACGAGGUUCGUAUCACUCAAUCAUUGCAAGAAUCAGUCCCUUCACUAACAUGCUCUAAGAUCAUCUACGAGCUCAGAGAUCAUAGCUCAGGCCUCAACUGCGGCAGAUGGGACUACAUCUUCACUUUUGUCAAGCGCUUCCGCAACCGCCCCGGCUUCGUUCUCCCCGACCGCUCCGACGUAAGCAUGACCGUCCCCUUCAUGGACGCCUACGUCAAGCUCCUCAUCAGCACAUGCCACGCCCGCGGCGUCCACGCAAUGGGCGGCAUGGCGGCCCUCAUCCCGCGCAAGGACGAUCCGGCCGCGAACGCCCAAGCGAUGGACAGCGUGCGCGCCGACAAGCUGCGCGAGGUCAAGGCCGGACACGACGGUACCUGGGUUGCGCACCCGGCGCUUGCGUCGAUUGCGUCGGAGAUUUUCAACGAGCAUAUGCCUACCGCGAACCAGAUCUUCAAGAGGCCCGAGGUGAAGGUCACGCGCGACGAUUUGAUCAACUCUGUUGUUCCCGGAAAAAUUACCGACGAGGGUGUGAGGAAGAAUCUGCAUAUCACUCUGGCGUACAUGGAGGGUUGGCUUCGUGGUGUGGGCUGCAGUGCUAUCAACUAUCUCAUGGAGGACGCCGCAACAGCUGAGGUAUCGCGCUCACAACUGUGGUACUGGGUACACCACGGCGUCAGCACCGCUGAAGGCACAAAACUCGACAAGACAACAAUGCUCAACAUCCUCGACGAGGUCACAAAGGAGCUGCUCAAGUCUGCGCCGGCGAACAACAAGUUCGAGCUGGCGGCGAAAUACCUGCGGCCGCAAGUUACGGGCGAGGACUACGCCGACUUCCUGACGACACUACUUUAUGAUGAGAUUACUUCUGUUGGGCCGUCAUGGAAACUCUAG